AUGUCAGGUCUCAAAAAGCUUCGCAAACGAGCGGCAACUUCAAAAAAUGACGAAGAAGCGUUGAAAGAGGCGAAAAUCGAACAGGAUAAAUUCUCAAGCUUUUUCAACGUCGAUAUCGAUUCAGUGGCAAGCGCGAAAUUAAAAGAUAUCAAGGAGCGCACAAAAAAAUCGAAAAAGCUCGAAUUGCCUGGUUUGGGCAAUUCAGUGUUCUAUCAAGGUUUGCACCAAGUCUCGAUGCCAUCGUCGUCGUCGAGUGCGCUGGACGCCUCAAAAAUCGGCUGGAAUUCGUCGCUUUUCGACAAUUUGACGUCAAUUUUGGAGCUCGACGCGUCGCGUCGAACAUUUGUCGAGAUUAUCUCGAAUUAUCUCGAUUUUCAAGCGAUUUCCGACGAUCAAAACGGCUAUCGGGCGAUUUAUUGCGCUCACAUCGUCGCUCAUCUCAUUUCCAACAAGAAUCUCAUCAUCGGCAACAAGAAGAAGUUGGAGAUGGCGAACGCGGCGAGCGGCGCCAGCGAGCAAUUGAUCGAAUCGUGUCGAGACACCGGCUUCGUCCGACCCACCGUACUCAUUCUGUGUGCCUUUAAAAAAGACGCGUACGACAUUGUGCACAAAUUGAUUCGACUAAUCUAUGGUGAGGACGAAGGCGAUGUUUGGAACAAGAAUCGAUUCGAGGACGAGUAUAGUGGUCCGUCCGAGCCGCCGCCGAGUCGCGUCGAUUUUCCCAAAGACCAUCUGGAAUUGCUCGUCGGCAACAACGACGACGCAUUUCGCAUCGGCGUCGCGUUGUCGAAAAAAUCGCUCAAGCUUUUCGAGAAAUUUGAGAAAGCCGACAUUCUGUUGUGCUCGCCGUUGGGAUUGCGAAUGAUUCUGAACGGCGACGACGGCAAUGAGGCGCAUUUGCUGAGCAGCAUGAAUAUUGUGGUUGUCGAUAGGGCGGACUUGAUGCUUCAACAGAAUUGGGAAAAUGUGCAAUUGAUCUUCUCGCAACUCAACACGCAGCCGGCAAAAAUCGAUACCGACAUUUCGAGGCUUCUCGUGUUCGCGAGAUAUUCGCACGAGCUUUUCACGAGUCUCACAAUGCAGAACAGCGAGAAUCAUCGCGGAUUGGUGAUGUCGAAGCCGAAGCAGCAAGGCACUUUGAAAAACAUCGAAAUUCCACUAUGCCAAGAAAUCCACAAAUUCGAGGUGCGCGAUGUCGGCGAAUUGUCGGACAUUCGAUUCAAAUAUUUUGCAGAUAAGAUUAUUUCCACACUAGUGCCGCGAACGCUCAUCGUGAUUCCGUCGUAUUUCGAUUUUGUGCGCAUCCGAAAUCAUUUUAAACGCGCCGAUGAGAGUUUUGUGUCCUGCAACGAAUACGCGUCGCGCAGCAAAAUCGACAGAGCCCGCGAGAUGUUCUUCCAUCAGCGGAAAAGCUAUCUUCUUGUCACCGAGCGUUGGUAUUUCUUCAAUCGUCGCCAGCUAACGGGUGUUCAUCGCGUCGUAUUCUACCAGCUUCCAUCGCAUCCGCUGUUUUACUCGGAGUUUAUCAACAUGUCAGAGGCGGACACCAGUCAGCGAUUGCUCGCCGUCCUUCUGGUGUGCAAAUACGAUCGCAUCCGAAUGGAGAACACAUUUGGCACCGAAAUGACAGCGGCGAUAUUGAACAAUAAAAUGAGUGUGCAGGCGAUUGUCAGCGAAUAA